AUGAACCCUUUCCAGCAACUAAAGAUUUUUACUGAUAAAGAAGUGGAGCAGUACCAAGGAGCUAUAUGUUAUGAAAACCCACCACACAUUUAUGCUUUAACGGACAACAUGUAUCGAAACUUGAUGAUUGAACUGGAGAAUCAAUGUGUCAUUACAAGUGGAGAAAGUGGUGCUGGCAAAACAGUCUCUGCUAAAUUAAUCAUGGCUUACAUUGCAAAGAUUUCAGGAGGUGGACCCACUGUGCAGAGAGUCAAAGAAAUCAUCUUGGAAUCUAAUCCAUUAUUAGAAGCAUUUGGAAAUGCCAAAACAGUCCGGAAUAAUAAUUCUAGCCGAUUUGGGAAAUAUGUAGAAAUCCAGUUCAGUCGAGGUGGAGAACCAAUUGGAGGAAAAGUAUCAAAUUUCCUUUUAGAAAAAUCACGAAUAGUUAUGCAAAACCAAGAUGAACGUAACUUUCAUAUAUUCUAUCAGAUGUGCUCAGGAGCAACAGAGGAUGAAAAAACUAAUCUUGGAAUCACCAGCCUGGACUAUUAUUCUUAUCUGAAUCAAAGUGGAGUCUAUGUCGUUGAUGAUAUUAACGAUAGCAAAGAUUUCAAAGAAACAAUGCAUGCCAUGCAAGUUAUUGGCUUGACAGAUGAGGAUCAGUUCAGCAUCAUGUCUCUAGCUGCUGCAGUUUUGCAUUUGGGAAAUAUUACUUUUGAAGAAGAAGGUAACUACGCUUUGGUCAGCGUUAAAGAAUUCUUGGACUUUCCUGCUUUUUUGUUGGGAAUUGACAAAAAUUUGCUGAAUGAUAAAUUAACAGGACGAGUAAUGGACAGUAAAUGUAGAGGCAAGUCGGAAAGGAUUGAAAUGAAACUGAAUGUUGACCAAGCCAUUUACACACGAGAUGCCUUAGCCAAGGCACUUUACAACCGAUUGUUUGAUUAUCUUGUUGCGGCCAUCAACAAAGCAAUGGAAAAUCAUUCUAGUGUCGUCAAUGUCGGCAUCUUGGACAUUUAUGGAUUUGAAAUCUUUGAUAAGAAUGGAUUUGAACAGUUCUGUAUUAAUUACGUUAAUGAAAAGCUUCAACAAAUCUUCAUUGAUUUGACAUUGAAAGCUGAACAGGAAGAAUACAAAGCUGAAAGCAUCCAAUGGAGCCCAAUUGAUUAUUUCAAUAAUAAAAUUGUUUGCGAUUUGAUUGAGUCCAAAAAGCCUCCUGGUGUAUUUUGUAUCCUUGAUGAUGUCUGUGCAACAAUGCAUGCAGUUAAUGAAGGAGCUGAUAACAAAUUGGGUGAUAAACUAAGAAAUUCUUUAGAUCCAACGUAUUAUCAAGGUAAUGACAAAGGAUUUGUUCUUAACCAUUAUGCAGGACAGGUUUCCUACAGCAUUGAAGGUUUCUGUGAAAAGAACCGAGAUGUUUUAUUUGUUGACCUUAUUGAAAUGAUGCAGACAAGCAAGUUCAAAUUCAUUUCGAAGUUGUUUCCUGAGAACAUAAAUGCUGCAAACAGAGGCCGGCCAACUACAGCUGGGAACAAAAUAAAAACACAGGCCAAUUUGUUAGUUGAAAAACUUAUGUUAUGCACACCGCAUUACAUCCGAUGCAUCAAACCAAAUGAAACCAAAAAACCUUUUGAUUGGGAAGAAAGUCGAGUGGUCCAUCAGAUUGAAUAUCUGGGGCUAAAAGAAAAUAUCAGAGUUCGACGAGCUGGAUUUGCCUAUCGGAGAGAAUUUGAGAAAUUCUUUCGCAGAUAUAACCUGCUCACUUCAGAGACGUAUCCAAAUUAUAAUGGGGAUUUAAUUCAAGGAAUUGUUCAUAUUUUGCGAUCUGUGAAUAUGAGUGAAGACCAGUAUCAGUUGGGAAAGACAAAACUUUUUAUCAAGAAUCCAGAAUCACUGUUUCUUUUAGAAGAAGUCAGAGACCGAAAAAUGGAUAAAUAUGCACGUCUGAUUGUAAAAGCAUUCCGAAAAUACUUUGCCAAAAACCGGUACCUUAAGCAGCGUGAAGAAGCAUGUGCAGUGAUCUUCAAUAAGAAAGAACGUAGACGUUUCAGUUUGAAUCGCAAUUUCAUGAGUGACUAUAUUGGGGUUGACAAUCGACCAGCUUUAUUGACCUUAAUACCUAAAAAAGAAAAAAUUGAGUUUGCAGAGACAGUGAAUAAAUUUGACAGACGUUUUAAGAUUACGAAACGUGAUCUGAUCCUGACAUCAAAAAAUUUGUAUCUGAUUGGUCGAGAAAAGAUAAAAAAAGGUCCUCAGAAAGGGAUUGUCCAUGAAGUGAUCAAACGUACGGUCCCUAUUGAUCAAAUUCAAAAGCUUGCUCUCAGCUCAAUGCAAGAUGAUUUCAUAAUUAUUUAUGUUCAAAGUCAAUAUGCGAGCCUGAUUGAGUCAGUAUUUAAAACAGAACUUGUCUCUGUUCUCGCUAAACUCUACAAGAAAAAAACCACAAAGGAUCUGCUGGUUAUUUUUAACAAUAAAUUUGAAUACACUGUGAAGAAAGAUGGAUGGCUUGGUGGUGGUCAAAAAGUUGUUGAAUUUCAUUUGGGUGAAGGUGAUCUUGCUCAGCUCAAACCUUCUGGAAAAUGUCUGCAUGUGACCAUAGGUCAGGGACUUCCCAAAGACUCACGACCGUCACAAGAUAUUCCUGGUCAAAACCGUUUCGGCAGAAACAACAACAAGCCUAACCUGAAGGCAUCAUAUUCUGGAUUCAGACCCCCACCUCCAAUGUACAAACCUCCACAGCUCCCCUCCCAAACUGGAAGACAGCAGAACAGGCCAGCACCACCCACAUCUAAACCACCUCCAAAGCCUAACCAUUUGAAAGGAGGAAUGAUCCAAGCAUCUCAAAAUGGAAGCAAUGUUAUGAACAACAAUUUAGCAAACCAGAUGAAGCAACGGCCCCGAAAAGCUUUGCCACCUGAAAAACCAAAACCAAAACCAAAGCCAAAGCCUAAACCUUGCUUACCUCGGUGCCGAUGCCUUUAUGCAUAUGAACCAAUGAAUGCUGAUGAAUUAGCAUUCAAUGAAGGUGAUGUGAUUGAAAUCAUAUCAGAAGAACCCUCAGGCUGGUGGAAAACAUUCAAGUCAUUACAAAUUCUUUCUCCUCUCCUCGAAAUUAGAACGACCGAAAUUAAUUGCUCGGUAUGGACGGCCAGCAGCUUCUUUCCUCAGGUAUUAGGACCGAUUCCGGCUUGA